AUGCAUAAAGCCAAGGGGAAGCCGUUUCAUCUGCCCUACAGGAGGCCCGCUGUGCCUACGUGAUCAUCCUCAUGGCCGUGUUCUGGUGCACAGAAGUGAUCCCUUUGGCCAUCACGGCGCUGCUACCUGUAGUUUUGUUCCCCAUGUUCGGCAUCCUGGAGUCCAAGAAGGUAUGCAUGCAGUACCUGAAGGAUACCAACAUGCUCUUUGUGGGGGGGCUGAUUGUGGCAGUUGCAGUGGAGCAUUGGAACCUGCACAAGCGGAUUGCACUGCGGGUGCUACUGAUUGUUGGUGUAAAGCCUGCGCUCCUGAUGCUGGGCUUCAUGGGUGUCACAGCCUUCCUGUCUAUGUGGAUCAGCAACACGGCUACCACGGCCAUGAUGGUGCCGAUCGUCCAGGCAGUUCUUGACCAGAUGAACAGCUCAGACCAGGAUCCGGCCUUCACAGAUUUGGCUGCUGGACACAUCAGCGCUGGGUCUGAACUGGAGGGCAAGAAGGUCUUCAGCGUCUCUGUGGUGCAAGCCAACGGCCACCUUUCUGAAGACUGCAAGGAGCAAGAGAGGGAAGCCAAGAAGCGGAUCAACAAGGGGAUGACUCUGUGCGUCUGCUACGCUGCCAGCAUUGGGGGAACGGCCACGCUGACUGGGACGGGGCCCAACCUGGUCCUGAAAGGCCAGAUGAACCAGUUGUUCCCCGAGAAUGGCGACAUCCUGAACUUUGCCUCCUGGUUUGGCUUUGCCUUCCCCAACAUGCUGCUGAUGUUGGUGCUGGCCUGGCUGUGGCUCCAGUUCUCCUUCAUGGGCUUCAACUUCCGGAAGACGUGGGGCUGUGGGACCCAAAGGACCGAGAAGGAGAAGGCUGCCCUCAGCAUGCUGAAGGAGGAGCACCGGAAGCUGGGCCCCGUGUCCUUUGCUGAGCUCAACGUGCUGCUUACCUUCAUGCUGCUCGUCGUCCUCUGGUUCACCAGGGACCCCGGCUUCAUCCCAGGCUGGGCCACCUUCCUCUUCAACAAAGACAAGGAGUAUGUGACGGACGCCACGGUGGCCAUCUUCGUAGCCCUGCUGCUAUUCAUCAUUCCCGCCACCUGGCCCCGGUGCGGCUUCUGUGGCCAAGGCAGCUGCGAUGUGGAGGCGGCCGGGGAAGCUGCAAGGGAACCAUUUCUCCCAGCCCCACUGCUGGACUGGGCAGUGACCCAGAGAAAGAUGCCGUGGAGCAUCGUGCUGCUGCUCGGGGGAGGCUUUGCCCUGGCCAGCGGAAGCGACGUUUCAGGGCUGUCCAAGUGGCUCGGGGACCAGAUGACCCCGCUGCACAGCAUCCCCCCCUGGGCCAUCGCCAUCAUCCUUUCCCUUGUCAUCGCCGUCUUCACAGAGUGCACCAGCAACGUAGCCACGGCCACCCUCUUCCUCCCCGUAUUCGCAUCAUUGUCCCAAUCCAUCGAGGUCAACCCGCUGUACCUCAUGAUCCCGGGCACGCUCAGCGCAUCGUUUGCUUUCAUGCUUCCCGUGGCAACCCCUCCAAACGCCAUAGUCUUCUCCUAUGGCCACCUCCACGUCUCAGACAUGGCUAAAACGGGAAUAGUGAUGAACAUUAUUGGCGUCCUAUGCAUAACCCUGGCGGUCAACAGCUGGGGACGAGCCAUGUUCCACCUGGACAACUUUCCAUCCUGGGCAAACACCACCCUGGGGAAGUGAAGAGAGAGGCCGGGGACUCCCUUCAGCUUGCUAUUUUGUCCCAAACCUUUCCCUGGCAUUAGCAAAUCCCCCACCCUCUACCCUGGGGUCCACAGUUAUCUGGGGCCAGGGCAAAGCAGCCAGAGACUUCUCCAGCGUCACCCAAGACAAUGAGGCUGUUUUUGGAUGAGACUAAGAGACCCUGGUUGCCACUCCUGUGGGGAAGACUCAGUCUGGCUGUGCCUCCAGAGAAACUAUGGGUCACAAUAUGGGAUAUUUAAGGAAGCAGAACCUGACGGCAAGCUGCGUUUCCGUAAUGGAGGCCAAUGAUACUGACAGGACUCGGAGGACUCAGCAAGAAGAAGGAAGCGGCAGCCGCUGGGAGUGCUGAGCAAGGGGAAACAGCCACUCCUGUCUGCCAGUUUCUGCGAGUUCACCACUGCAUGGGGGCUCAUGCCACCUGUAGGUCAAGAAGCACUUAGGAUAGAAAAGCACUGGAUGAGCCCGCUCACCUGGACCUCGUCCACUAGCCCAGUGCCCACGUGGCUGCUGACUGCAGAAUAAUGGCACAAGGCAACACAGGCAGCGCUGGGCGGAGUACUGUGAUGCCCGAGGCUGCAGCCCCCAGGGAGGCAGAAGCCCAGCUCUUGAAAUGCACCAGGAGGUGUUAGCAGUGUGUCUUUUUAGACAUCUCCUGUGCAAGCUCCAAACCAAAAAGGCAGCAGUGAAGAGGCUGAAGGGGGACACUGAUGGGGAUGGGGGGAAGUAUAUUUGGAGCAUCCAGAUUCUGAAGACAGGAGCCAGAGAGGUUUGAUGAUGUUAUUUAAUUGCCUUCAAUAUUAAUAAAAGACUAUUUGCAUUUUGUAAAA